GUCGCAUGUAAUGGUGAACUUUGCGACAAAUUCUUCAAGAUCCGUCGACCCUGUGUUGCCAGAGCCAGGUGAAGCCUCUCUUGCAGUGGAGUUGCCAGAAGAAGGCACCACAGCCAGCAGCACACAGGGGGAAGCAGUUCCCUCCACAUCACAGCAUCAGACAGCCAUCACAGAAUACGUUCCCAAAAAGAUGGGACUGAUUCAAAAGAAGAAGGUGGAUAGCAAAUUAAUGGGUCUGUUCACAAAAGACUAUCAACCUUUCUCUAUUGUAAAUGACUCAGGAUUUCGUAGUUUUCUACAUGCACUGAAUUCUGCUUAUGAAAUACCGAGUAGAAGGACUGUAACAAAUGUAAUGUUGCCAGCAGCAUAUGCAGAAGCAAAUGAGAAAGUACAACAAAAGCUGCAAGGUUAUAGUCUUGACACGUGGACUUCUGGCAGUAUGUGA